GAAAACUGAAAGACAUUUAAGACAGCGGAAAUUGUACAGUUCUUUGAAGAAAGAGCCGACGUGGAGAAAGAAGAACAACAGCGAAGAGAAAAUACAAAAAUUCUUUGCCAUCCCAGAGGAAAAUGGCAUCAAUUCAAAAACAUCAAUUACCUUGAAGAGUAUUAAAAGCAUCAGUUCUAGCUCCCUUUCGGAAAUCCCGGACACUGGAAUUGGAAAAUUAGAGGUAGGAAAUCAUUUUCUCUAUAAUAAAAAACGAACUUCAGCCAUGCAGAGGUGUCACUAAAUUGUUAAAAUCUUCGAAUUCCAUUUCAUAGGCUCUGCUAGUCUAAUAAGAUUUCAGGAUUUGUUUUCAUCACGAUCAGUCAAUUUCUCAAAUAGAAUUUAGCUAAUUCUAAUGCUUUGUUUCCAUUUGUUCGCACUGUCAUAGCCAAGUCAUAUUCUUUACGAUGUUGUAAAAUUGCCUGACUCCUUCCGAAAAAAGUAUGCAUAUUAACGACACAUUUAUACACAGUUUUUAAAAUAGAUGUGUUGUGAAAAUACAUCCUCUUCGGAAUAACAUUAGUUUUAUAUUUGCUGAGACUAUAAUUAUCUUUUCUCACGUCAACCUUCACUAGGCCUAUAUAAUAGAAGGUCGUAUUUCCAUCCGCGUAUGCCGUUAGAAAUGACUAAACGAAAACCAUGAAAUUCUGGAAUCCAUCUCAGGCUUUCUACGCUAUAGAAAAUAUGUAAUUAUCUAAUGAAAUGAUCAACUAGAUAAUGAAAAUAUUAAUUAAAGUUAUUUACUACUUUGCUGUUUAUUCUAAACUCUUGCGAGGAAGUGCUCUCGAAAAAACCAGCAAAUUUGAAGACAUUUCCUCAAAACUAUCAAUACAUAAUUCUUAAGAAGUUUACGCAAAUUAGUCCUCUGCAUGUAUCCGUUUCGUGAACGGACUAACAAAUCCAAAUUACAAUCGAUAUCAUGUGUCAAAAAUGAAAUCUUGCAUUGUCUUCACAUUUAGAUAUAUGUUGAUGGCCCGUAUGGAGCACCAGCUGAGCACUUUUUCGAAGCUGAACAUGCAGUAUUGAUAUCCAGCGGAAUUGGCGUGACACCUUUUGCUUCCAUCUUGCAAACCAUUAUGUUGAGGUAUAAGAGUGCAUCACACUCGUGUCCCAAUUGCGAACAUUCCUGGGUUGGAAAUGUACCGUUUUCUUUACGGAAAUUACAAAAG